CUCGGAUAAUCUGAUUGGCCAUCCUCUCUCAACUCGCUAGUUUAUUGGUCAGCGCCGCGAGGCCCCAAUCGAGUUUGGUCCGAGCGCUGUGUCAGACAACCCCGCAGCCAUGGCGUCCUAUUUCGAUGAACACGACUGCGAGCCUUUGGAUCCCGAGCAAGAGACUCGAGCGGGCAUGCUGCUGGAGCUUGCAAGGUCACUUUUCCAUAGCAUGGACUUUGAAGACUUGGGAUUAGUAGUAGAUUGGGAUCACCACCUGCCCCCACCUGCUGCCAAGACUGCGGUGGAGAACCUCCCUAGGACAGUCAUCAGAGGCUCUCAGGCUGAGCUCAAGUGCCCGGUGUGUCUUUUGGAAUUUGAGGAGGAGGAGACUGCCAUUGAGAUGCCUUGCCAUCACCUCUUCCAUUCCAACUGCAUUCUGCCCUGGCUAAGCAAGACAAAUUCCUGCCCCCUGUGUCGCCAUGAGCUGCCCACUGAUGAUGACACUUAUGAGGAACACAGACGAGAUAAGGCUCGAAAGCAGCAGCAGCAGCACCGACUGGAGAAUCUCCAUGGAGCCAUGUACACGUGAGGAGGCUGGGGCCGAGUGCUGGCCCUCUGUCUUCCUCCUGCACCUUGAGUCCUCAUUAAAGGUUUCUGUACUCA